AUGGAUGAAGAAGCAGCAUCCGAGACUGACCCUCUGCUGUCAAAGUAUCCAGCUGCAUCUCGACGUCGUGACAAUCAAAGAUCCAACCAAGUCCCCAUCGCACCCCAACCAACACCAAACAACAAUGAUCCAGAGGCGGAAAGCGAGCCUCUCUCUCAACAAGAAGUCUACACUCUACUCGGUAUGGCUCCUCCAACAGCAAACAACACUACACCUCGCCACCUUGAAUCAGCACAUGGCUUCUACAGCCAACUCCUGAAGAGCGAGCGUCGAGCAGCACGUCAAUACCGCCUCUACGAUAUCGCAAUCAUCUACCUCAUGAUCGUCCAACUCUGCAUCUCAGCCGUCUUUGUCGUACUCGGCUCCCUGCCAAAUCUCGACCGUUACCACGUAGCCGUAGCAGCUCUCGGCGCCAUCGGCACAGUGGUAGCAGGAAUGCUAGCGUUGAUGAGAGGCCAAGGCUUACCAAAUCGUUUGCGCAUGGAGCGUGACGCCCUCCGAAAAGUCGUCUACGAGACUGAAGAACUGUACUGGGAUACCAGAGCUGGUAGAGAAGUAGAUUUUGCAGAUGUGGAAAGGUUGAGGGAUGCGUUUGCUGCUGUGGUGGACGAUGCCAGGAAGAAUCAUCCUGAUGUGUGGACUUCUAGUCCGGUGCCUGUGAGGAUCAAGACGGGGUUGAGUGGGAAGGGCAUGCAGAUGCAGAUGCAGAUGCCUGGAGCGGUGCAGAUUGCCAAGUUGUGA